AUGUCGGGUGCUCUGGCGUCCUUGGUCGGCAAGAGAAUUUUAGCAGAAUCGGCGAGGAACCAUUUCGGCCAAGAGGAUCCCUAUUUCGAAGAAGUUCCGGCUUCGCGACUCUACCGAGCCUUCGGCAAGAAGACACGGAGGAGACAAAAGGCAAUUCCUCCAGGACUCUCUGAGAAUGAUCAGAGAGUCCUCACCCAGGUGAAACGCAGGGCGUACAGACUAGAUUACUGUCUAUUCAAUCUCUGCGGCAUUCGCUUUGGCUGGGGCAGUGUCAUUGCGUUGAUUCCAUUUCUCGGUGACGUUGGCGAUACCGCACUUGCCAUGAUGGUCGUAAAGAACUGCGAGGAGAUUGACGGGGGUUUACCAGCACGGCUCAGGAUGAUGAUGAUGAUCAAUGUGCUGAUCGACUUCGUUAUCGGUCUGGUCCCAUUCGUAGGCGACGUUGCAGAUGCUGUGUACAAGUGCAACACAAGAAACGCUGUCAUCCUAGAAAAGCACUUGCGGGAAAAGGGGGCGAAGGCGCUUAAGGCGCAAAGUCGAACUGCGGAAGGGGUCAUUGAUACCAGCCUGCCCGAGGAAUUCGACAGAUAUGACCAGACGGGACCUGCUAGGCCUGAGCCUGCCAGGCAUCCGAAGAGAGACCGGUCGCAGAAAGGGUGGUUUGGUAGAUCAUCCGGUCGAGCAGGUGACUUGGAGGCUGGAGUGGCGGAUAACUCAAAUUCCCGUGGUCGAUGAAGAGAAAAGGAUACCCCCUUAGUUUGUGCUAGUGCCUUUAAUAUUUCCAAAGCAAUGAAGUGUCAUCUGCGGUUCC